GGAAAACAAGGUUCUUGGUCUAAUUUUAUUCAUUCACUAUUGAAAGCCUUUCUCAGCAAUACAUAUGAUCGACAUUUUCUGUAGUUUGUCAUAUCUGGUGGCCGUGUGUAAGUCAGUUUCAGCGUCAUAUGGAUAAACAAUGAUUCACGAUAUUUAAAUAACUGUAAAAAAACGGCUCUUUCAUGCUUACUGUAGCCUACUUAACUUAAUAGGUUUCUACAAACAGGAAGCUACAAGAAACGACAUAUAGGCUAGUGUGUAGGCCUACAGUUAAAAAAGCGUUUUCGUAGUCGAGUGUAGUAGAUUACAUUUAAUUUACAACCAACGGUGGUGUCUUACAGAACUAUAUAAGAACUACAUAGCCUUCUUUAGUUUUAUAACAUUGAGAACAUAAAACUGUAGUAGUGCACGGUUGCAAAGUAUUUCCGGGUCUUGAGCUUGCGCAGGAUAAAGAUGGAGUCCUUAACAGCGCGCUGACAGAGAAAAUAGUUAGCAAAACUAAAACUUCAGAUUUGUUUUCAAUGCGACCAUAUAAAAAGAAGACUCGUUAAGGUUUCCCAACUAAAGCGACUGAAAGGGAAAUUUUCAGAAGGUCCGUUAAAUAUGUACACGCCUUGUGUUUCAAUAGAAAGUGAGUACAACGCAAUAAGCAAGAGGGGUACUGUUUUUCUAUUAUAAUGACGACUGUAUGCAGAACUGAUACAGUUGCCAGCUAGUUAGAUACGGUAGUCAAAGUUGGGUGCCCGCGCGAGCUCAGUAUCAAUUAAUCAAAUACGUAAUCAGAGGGAUCUUUGGAAGUAUAUUUAACAAUUUUAAGACAGGCUAAAAUGUUGCUCAAAGAUAAAGUUAGGCGUUGAUCUGUUAUUGUAGUUUGGAAGGUCCAGAAAACAUUUUGUGAUCGCUCAACUUCCCUUGAAGGUUUUUGGAUCCACACCACCAGAAAGGUCUUUUGGAUUUACGAUAGAGAUAUUCGCGAUAACAGAUACAAAAUGUCGUUGGAAGACUGUGAAAGGCACUAUAGCUCUCUGAACUCUGAUUUUGGAAGUGAAUCUUCGAGCAGUGAUAGACGAUCGGCGUCUGGGGCUUACAGUGGAGUGGAAGAGAAAUUGCAUUACAUUCCUAUCCGGAUCUUGGGAAGGGGAGCUUUCGGCGAAGCCACAUUAUACAGAAGAACAGAGGAUAAUUCACUUGUCGUGUGGAAAGAGGUGGAUCUGAACUGUCUCUCGGAAAGAGAGCGCAGAGAUGUCAUGAAUGAGAUCAGCAUUCUGUCAAUCCUGGAGCACAACAACAUAAUAGCCUACUUCAACCACUUCGUGGACAAGAACACCUUACUGAUUGAGUUGGAGUACUGCAAUGGUGGAAAUCUUUAUGACAAAAUCAAUCAACAGAAAGGGAGGCUUUUUACAGAAGAGAUUGUUAUAUGGUAUCUCUACCAGAUUGCAUCUGCAGUGGCCCAUAUACACAAGGCUGGGGUGCUUCACAGGGAUAUUAAGACUCUCAAUAUCUUCCUCACCAAAACAAACCUGAUCAAGUUGGGUGAUUAUGGACUGGCCAAGAAGCUAGGCUCACAGUUUUCCAUGGCUGAGACUUUUGUGGGGACCCCGUACUACAUGUCUCCGGAGCUCUGCCAAGGAGUGAAGUACAGCUUCAAGUCAGACAUCUGGGCAAUGGGAUGUGUCCUCUUUGAGCUACUAACCCUCACUAGGACAUUUGAAGCUACGAACCCCCUGAACCUGUGUGUAAAGAUCGUGCAGGGGAACUGGACCAUGGAAGUGAAUUCAGACGUGUACUCCUCUGAGCUUAUCAAGCUGGUGUAUGAGUGUCUCGAUCAGGAACCAGAAAAGAGGCCCACAGCAGAUCAGAUUUUGGAUCAGCCCAUCCUGUCCUGUCGAAGGCAGGAGCUGGAGGAGAAGGUUGCACUGCUGAACUCUGCCAACAAAAAACCAAGGUUGAGUACAGUGACCGAGACCCCUGUUGCUGUGGUGACCACACGCUCCAGGGAGUUAUAUUUCUGGGGUGGGGGGAAGUUUACCCCCCAGAAGUUGGAUGCUUUCAAAGGAGGUAGCAGCGCCCAGCAUGUCUGUGCCGGGGAGACGCACUUUGCAGUGGUUACUGUGGAGAAGGAGCUGUACACAUGGGCUAGUGUUCAGGGCGGGGCAAAAAUGGUGGGCCAACUGGGCCACGGGGACCAGGCCUCUUACCGACAGCCGCGCAGGGUGGAGAAGCUCCAGGGCAAGGCCAUCCGACAGGUGGCGUGUGGAGCUGAUUUCACUGCCUGUGUCACGGAUGAGGACCAGAUGUACAUGUUUGGGUCUGACUAUUACGGCUGCAUUGGAGUGGACAACGAGCUGGGCAUGGAGGUCCUGGAGCCGGUACUGCUGGAGUUCUUCCUGGAGCGGCCGGUCAGACAGGUGUGCUGCGGGGACAACCACGUGGUUGUGCUGACUCAGGAUAGAGACGUCUUCUCCUGGGGCUGCGGGGAACAUGGUCGACUUGGGCUGGACUCCGAGGAUGAUGUUGCCUCCCCGAUGCAGGUGGAAGUGCCCAAAGGGGCAACCAUCGCCUCGGUGCACUGUGGCAGUGACGGAACCUUCCUCCUGACCGAGUCCGGGAAAAUACUGGCUUGUGGGAACAAUGAACUCAACAAGCUGGGUCUGACCCAGGGCAUCUCUGGUAUCAAGAACCAUUCUGGAGAGAGGGAUGAAAGUACAGAGGCAUACCAAGGAAUCCCCUACACCACCUCGCUCACCCUGGUCAAACUGCUGGCUCGCUACAAAAUCUGCACCAUUGCUCCGGGCAAAACUCACACUGCAGCCAUUGAUGAACGUGGCAGGCUUCUGACCUUCGGCUGUAACAAGUACGGGCAGCUGGGCGUGAAGGACUUCAAGAAGCACUCGGGGGUCAACCUGCUUGUGGGGCCCUUUGGAGGCAAGGUGGUCACCAAGGUGUCCUGUGGAGAUGGCUUCACCAUUGCUGCCACAGAGGACAAUCAGAUCUUUGCUUGGGGAAAUGCUGGUAAUGGUCGUUUGGGAAUGCCAGCUGACAAGCACUUUGGUUCAGAGGUGUGCCCUGCCCUGCCCCGCCCAAUUUUUGGCUGUCUACACCAUGUUCCAGACCUGUCUUGUAAGGGUUGGCACACCAUUCUAAUUGUAGAAAAGGUUCUCAACUCCAAGACCAUCCGUUCUAAUAGCAGCGGCUUGUCAAUUGGCAGUGGGCUGGGCCAGGGCUCCACCUCCACGGUGGACCUGGAGCUGGAGCAGGCCUCCGAGGUGGGCCUGCAGGACGGGGGCUCAGGCGGCACUGUGGAGGCUGACACAGAGGAACGCUGGUUAGAGAUGCCCAUGAUGUCAGAGCAGAGCAGCACUGAUGCCAGCUCCUGCCCCAUCUGGCUGCGCAAGGAGCUGCAGGAUGCGGAGUUCAUUCCGAUGCCAGGCACCUGCCUGGACUCAACGUCUGGGCCGCCUGCUUCCACCUUCUCAGAAAGCGCCACACUGCCCUACGAUGAGCUAAAGGAGCUGAAGGCUGCAGCAGCCGCUGCAGCAGAGAAGGAUCUCUCGCAGGAGUUCAUCCCGAUGCCAGACAACUCCCUGGACUCAAUGUCUGGACCACUUGCUUCUGCCUACUCGGAAAACGCCACACUGCCCCACAACGAGCUGAAGGAGCUAAAGGCUGCAGCCGCCGCUGUUACACAGAAGGGUCACUCGACAGUGCAUGUAGGCUCUGACAGGGUGAAUGGAGUUGAGGAGGCAGCAGCCUGUAAGAAGUGCAGUGGGCAGCAGAUGGUGCUGCCGGACUGCACUGGCUGCUGGGCAACGAGCAGCGAGCUGAACCAGCUGAGAGAGACGGUGAGCCACCAGGAACAAAUGAUUCGGGUGUUACAGAAACAGGUCACUGAUAUGCAGAAAGAGAAUGAGAAGCUCUGGAGGGCAAUGGAGGGACUGACGCUGCAUGGAAAAGGAACUCAGAUGAACAGCAACACUCCUAAGGAGGGAGGAGCUACCAACUGUGAUGGGGACAGUGCUGCAGGAAACUAGUCAGUGAGCAAGGUUCUGCACCUGUCCUACCUGGUGCACGUUCGUUAAGUUAUGCUGGUCCUGUCCAAUCAUAUGUGUUCACAUGCGAAAGGCUGGUUUCCUAGCGUGGGUUCCCACUGCAGACAGAAAGUGGCUUGGACAUGAUUGGUGGAGAGCUGCUCACCAGCCAAUCACAUGGGACUUUGGAUCUCACUGAUAUACUGGGCUAGUGCAUGCCAGGAAGUUGAAAGUGAAGAUAAUUUUCAGAUGGGAGAAGUGGUGCAUUGUCUAACUAAAGACAUUUCUAACACAGCUUGACAUUUCUACUCACUGAGAAUCAUAGACAUUUGGGCAGAAACACAUCGACAGAUCAGUCAUCUCAUCAAGCAGAAAGCCUGUUUCAUUCCUUGUGUGUUGUCAGUAGUAGUACAGUAUUAUAAUUAUAAGUACUCUGUUCUGCAAGUAUGAAAACUAUCUUAAUACGUUGAAUUUUGUAGUUUAUAACCUCUCUGUCCAUAAGUCAGAUGAAGACAACUUUAUUAACUGUCUGUUUGAGAGUGAUAAAGUAAUUGUAAACAGGAUGGACUGUUUGCUUGUAUUCUGCAUUGACCACCUACUCCUAGAAAAAACAAAACAUGAAAAAACUUGUCCACAAAGGGCUUUAGUGGUGACAAAACAACGGUUCUUGGCAACUCCUGUUACGUAUGAAACUCAUCCUUCACUCAGAAGGCAGGGGACUCAUGGUUAGUCUACUCACAGUAUUGAUCGUAUGAUAUGCAUGACCUUUGCACCUGCCUAUUUGGUGCUUGCUGCUUUGCAGUCUUGUGUUACAGGAUUUGUGUGUGUCUGUCAUGGUUGUCUGUAUAGCUAGAGUAAGAUUCUGGAACCUUUUAUGGUAUGGAUACAGGCCUUUGCUUUAAAACAUUGACAUUAAUGACACUGCUUGACUUGUUCUCCUGUCAUAGUACCUUACAAAGUAAUCCUCAACUUUGCAAGUUAUGCACACCAUGUGUUGAUAAUGGCUUAUAAAUCUAUGGCAAUGAGCCUCCAAGAUAUUGGAUCAACACGCUAUUCAGUACAUACCCAGGAUAUUUUAAAAAUCUCCCUUAAAUAUUUUCUUUUAUAUAAGUGAAAUAUAAGAUUAUCUUCAAGUAUAUGUGAUCUGCUGAUUGAACAAUAUAGUUUUUAAAAAUACAUGAAACAUUUGUGGCCUUCAUCUUAUUUCAACUAUGUAAUUUAUAUUCUGGCAAUGUAGUUGUGAGUGAAUUAGAAAAUUUAUCAGUAUAUUUUGUGAUAGAUUAACACUAAAAUAUGUUGAGGCAAUCUGCAUUUGUACCAUAAGGUAUGUGGAAAGAAUGUGUGACUUUGCUCCCGUGUGCUACAUGUGCAAGGAGACAGACAAUCAGUCAAACUACUGAUCAAUACAUUUUUUAAAAAGUCUGUUCUUGCCUUUUGAAGGUUCAGUUUAAUGUGGUGGUGAAGAGAUGAUCAUGACUUGAUUGAUUGUCAGUUUAUGCAUAUGCAGGUAUAAUUUAGAAAUAUCACUUAGAAAUGAGGUAUCAUUUAUAAAUAAUUUAACAACAGAAUUUUUACCAUACUAGAACAUGCUUGUAUCUAGUAGUAUUUUGAUUUCCGGACUAUUAACAUUGAAUGUAGAAAUAAUCAUUAAUAAGCUCAGACAUACUUUGCCAAUGUCAGCAAACACUCAGAUAUACUUGUACUUGGUAUAUAAAUCAAAGCAUGCUUUAAUCAAAAUACUGUCUGCCUCUCAAUUUGAGCUUGAUACUUUGUCAUUGGUGUUUUUUUAUUUUUUAAUGUAUUUGAUCACAAUUUACUUUUCCCAUAAUAUUACUGUAAUGUAGAUUGACAUUUGUAAUCUUAUUAUAUUUCAUCAUGGUUUUCUGGUAUACUAACAUUUUAUUCCUUUUCAACCUGAUAUUUUAAUGUUGCUGAAAGCUGCAAUGGUGGAAUCACAAUGGCAAGAAUGUGGCAACGUCUAGAUAUAUGCUCUGUUGCUCUUUUGUUUUGGUAUCAUAUGACCUUUUAAACCCAAAGAAUUAAUUUGUGAUACUGCAUGAAAGUAAGUGACAAAGUGCCUAGACUCAAGUGCCUUUGCACAUUUUUAUUAUUUAUUUUUAUUUUUACCAAAGAUACAAUCUGAAUGAUAUGCAAACAAAAAAAAGAUUUUGCCUGAAUAAUACAUAAUCUACUUUUUAUAAUGGUUAUUUAUAGAAAAUGUGGCUUGGUUCACGUAUUUAUUUUGGCUGCAAUUGUUUUGGCUGUCAGGAUAUAACUACACACGUUAUGUACUUUUAAUUAGAUAUCAUGUUACACCAUGGUAGAUUGGUCCAAUAUUAUACCUUUAUUUGAACUGUGCAGAUGUCAUUUUUGCUUGGAUAUGCUUUAUAUAAAUAAAGAAAUGAUCUCA